AUGUCGUCCCACGAUGGCUCGCGGUCGGUGCGCCAGUCGAAGCGGUACUCGGUCACGGCGCUGUAUCUGUCCAUGUCUGCCAAGGAUAAGGAACUUGAGAUUGAAGACGAUCUAGCCAGGGCCCAGAAGAUAUUGCGAGAGCUCAAAGCCAAGAUCUCGUCCCAGUCGAAGAAGAACUUCGUACUCGAGAAAGAUGUCCGCUACCUCGACUCGCGGAUAGCGUUACUUAUUCAAAACCGCAUGGCACUGGAGGAGCAAAAUGAAGUUGCAAGCCACCUCGAAGAUGGACUCGAACUACAAGAGGGCUCGUUUCCCAACGACGAGAAAACACAGAAAUACGGCAAUUUGCUGUUCCUACUCCAAUCUGAACCACGACACAUCGCUCACCUGUGCCGACUUGUCUCAAUGGCUGAGAUUGAUGCACUGCUCCAGACGGUCAUGUUCACAAUCUACGGAAACCAAUACGAGAGCCGUGAAGAGCACUUGCUUUUGACUAUGUUCCAGUCUGUGCUCACUUACCAGUUCGAUAACACACCAGACUACAGCUCGCUGCUGCGCGCCAACACGCCUGUAUCUCGAAUGAUGACUACAUAUACACGGAGAGGACCUGGUCAGAGCUACCUCAAGGUUGUGCUGCAGGACAGCAUCAAUUCCCUGAUUGAGCUUAAGGACCUCGACCUGGAAAUCAAUCCUCUUAAGGUCUACGAGAAGAUGGUCCUCGAACUUGAAGAGCAAGGCCAGUUGCCGGCGCACCUCCCAAAGGGUGUCACAGCGGAGCAAGCUGCGGAGAACGAGAAGGUCCAGCAAAUCAUCGCGCCGCGCCUGAAUAUGCUCAUGGAGAUCGCGAACAACUUCCUCUCAACUAUCAUCAAGGGCCUCGAGGAGACACCCUACGGUAUUCGCUGGAUCUGCAAGCAAAUUCGCAGCUUGUCGCGACGAAAGUACCCCGAUGCGCAAGACCAGACGAUCUGCACACUUAUCGGCGGCUUCUUCUUCCUGCGUUUCAUCAACCCUGCAAUUGUCACGCCAAGAUCUUACAUGCUUAUCGACGCAACACCAGCUGAAAACCCGAAGCGCACGCUUACCUACAUUGCAAAGAUGCUGCAAAACUUGGCGAACAAGCCCUCAUAUGCCAAGGAGCCGUAUAUGGCUAAGCUCCAGCCAUUCAUCCACCAAAACAAGGACCGCAUCAACAAGUUUCUUCUCGAUCUUUGCGAAGUGCAAGACUUCUACGAGACCUUGGAGAUGGACAACUACGUGGCGCUGUCGAAGAGAGAUCUUGAACUAUCCAUCACACUCAACGAAGUCUAUGCGACGCAUCAAUUGCUGGAGAGGCAUGCGACGGAGUUGGCAAGAGAUGACAGUUCACAUCUUGGUGUGAUACUACAGGAACUUGGGCCAGCACCAGCCCAGCUUCCACGCAAAGAGAACAGGGCUAUCAAUCUGCCUUUGUUCAGCAAGUGGGAAACACCGCUUGACGAUCUCACUGCGGCGCUCGACAUCACGCAGGAGGAGAUCUUCUUCAUGGAGGCGAAGGGCACUUUUGUCUUGAUUCUUCGUUCGCUACCUCCUAACACUUCUAUCACCCGGAGACCGUUGAGGCUUGACAGAAUUGCCGAGGCUGCAGCGACGACCAAGAACGACUCGAUCAUGGUGAAGAAGGGCAUUCGCAGUAUGGAGCUGCUGAGCCAACUGCAAGAUCUGGGCGUCAUCGACAAAGAGGACGGGUUUUCGCUGCUCAGAGAUGAGGUCGAGCAGGAGCUUGUACACCUGGGUUCGAUGAAAGAGAAGACGAUCGAAGAGACAAGAAAGCUCGAGGAAGUCUACCGGACGAUACGCGAUCACAAUAACUACCUGGUCGGCCAAUUGGAGACAUACAAAUCCUACCUGCACAACGUUCGAAGCCAGUCUGAAGGGAAGACAAGGAAACAGCAGAAGCACCAAGUGCUAGGACCGUACAAGUUCACUCAUCAGCAACUGGAGAGGGAAGGCGUCAUCCAGAAGAGCAAUGUUCCGGAGAAUAGGCGGGCGAACAUUUACUUUAACUUCACAAGUCCGCUACCAGGAACGUUCGUCAUCUCGUUACACUACAAGGGUCGCAACCGCGGUCUCCUUGAGCUGGACCUGAAGCUGGACGAUCUUCUCGAAAUGCAGAAGGACAAUCAAGAGGACCUCGAUCUGGAGUACGUUCAGUUCAACGUUUCCAAGGUGCUGGUCCUCCUCAACCGGCGGUUCGCGCGAAAGAAGGGAUGGUAG